GUAAACUUCGUUGACCGUUAGUCAAUGACCAACUCACUUGCCACGUUAGCAAGCACGAAAUAAAAUAUUUUGUUUUUUGAAUUUCUAUAUUUGUUUUCUUUUUUAAUAAUAAUAAUAAAUGAAAAAAUAAAAAUAUCAAUUUAUCCCCUCUCCUCUCACCCGAAACCUAUCCCCUUCUUUGACGAGCUGUCGCCGCCACUAGAGGAAGAAAAAUCGCAGCGGUAGAGGAAAACGAUCCAUCCCCAGUGGGUGAGAUCUAAGGCCAACCCUAGUGGGUGAGAUCUUACUUUCCUCUGUGAAGUGGGGAUUUGAUUGCUUUGCUUGCAUCUGAUGUUCGGAGGUCAAGUGGUACCGUCCGACAAUGGUCCGCAUUUGUGGAAGUCUGAAAACCAGGGUUUCUGGAGAAGAACUGGAUCGACUGUCGGGUAUCAAAGAAGAAAAUUGAAGCGACAGUGACGCGCGCCACCAUAUUUGGCUUGAAAGCGGGUGGCAAAUUGAGGCUUUGAAGAAGAGGGGGAAGGAACAAAACAUGGAGAAAGUGGGAAGCAGUUCAGCACAAAUGGCAGCAGUAGCAUCGGAAGAAGAAGAGAUCGGAAGCUACUACCACAGCAGCAACGUGAAGAAAGCCAAGCUGCAAUCGACUCUAUCGGCACUCCUCGACGAUCCCGUCCUCGCCGACGUCCCCAAGAACCCUUCUCUAUCUGACGUCGACACUUUAAUCAGCCUCGAACUCGGCAGCGCGAUGCGGGUCUCCGUACUCAAACUCGACGGAACCACCUUCGACGUGGCGGUGAUGAACUCGGCAACCGUAAAGGAUUUGAAGGUAGCGAUCACGAGGAAAGUGACCGAAAUGGAGCAAUCGAAAAUGGGUCAUCGCCACAUUUCAUGGAGGCACGUUUGGGCUAACUUUGCCCUUUCCCACCAUAACCAAAAGCUUACCGACGACAACUCUCCCCUUCAGGAGUUCGGCUUACGCAACAAUUCUCAGGUGAAUUUUGUGCCAUAUGUUGCGGCUAAGGCUUCUGCGCAUCACUCCAAGAGGAAAAAACACCGGUUUUUUCAUGGCCUUAGUCGCGCAUAAGACCCUUGGCAUUGAACAUUGAGAGCUUCGUAGAUCAUUCGUCUCAAGCAAAGCAUGAUUCCAUGUGUGUCUUAUCGACUGCAAAACUGUUGCAAUGAAAAUGUCAACAAAGUUGCAGCCUUUCUCAAUCCUUAACAUCAACUCAACUUUUGAUGUUUAUGGGUGACUCAAAGAGGCUGUUUUCUGUCUUUAUUUUUUGUGUAUACUCUCUAGUAGAAAUCAGUUGGAACAUCAAUGGCGGGCAGAGGUUGUCGGUGAGCAAGUCCUUGGCUGGCGAUGAGUUCCCAACUCGUUGGCUGUUCUUUCUCAUUCGCCCUAAUUACGUUACUGAGAACUUAUUCAAAUUAUGUACGAAGGAUGGUUUAUACCGAUUUCAAGGGCGUUUUGCAGGCCUCAAUGUUAAUGGAGAAAGGGAUGAUUUUUCA